GCGGGCGCACCGAGGCGGAGUCAACUGUAGGGCUUUUUACCCUCCCUACAUAAACCCCUCAUCUCCCCAAGUGCGCUGGCUUACGGCCCAACUUCCUUCCUGACAGCCCUGCGCCACAGUCAGAAAAGCCGCCAUGCCGAAAACAAAUUUCCAGUCGAUCAUCGAUUGUAUUAUCAACUGGUUGCGAAGAGUCAAAAAUUUCGAUAAUGGAUCGCAAUUAGCAGAAAUUAUCCGUCGCGGCGACCUGGAGACUCUGAGCGACGAAAAAGCCGUGCAGCUUUUGCACCGCCAGUUCAAAUCCGAAUUCGUCCGACUGAAGCGUGUCGUAUAUAGCCUCGAGCAGGGCGACGGGGAUCCUCCGAAGGGAAGUUUAGGUGGGAACGCCCUUACACCGUCGCGGUUUCUUUUUCAGGAGGAUUUCACCGAGAUAAACCGAACCGUGGUCAAUUUCUUGUCAUUAAAGUGGCUACUCGAGGAUAAUUAUCAGGCUUUCACCGCGCAUCAGCCCGGCGUCGUGAAGCUGUCUCCAGAAACAUUCACGCGCUUUCGCCAGCUAGCGCGGGAUAUCUUGAGAACGAAUGAUGAUAUGCUGGGCUUGGUCGUAUCAUUGAUACUAGGAGACGCGGGGAAAGAUCCUGACCUAGAAGACUUUGUGCACAAGAAGGAUGGUAAAAGGCUAAAUCAUGACCAAGUCUUAGCCAGGGCCAUUGAGCUGGGACAGUUUGACAAGCCGCUGCGCUUACUCUCGGACAAGAAACGGGAGGAGAUGCUUCUGGGGGUGGAGGUCGGCGCAAAGCUCAACAUUCCACAAUUGACGCAAGGUGAGAACGUCCCAGGGAGUUUGGUGAGUAUUCUCAUGCUACAAGGAAAGCCACAGGCAUUUAGGAUGAAGUAUCUCGAAAUUAUGUUGGAUGUAUCGGGCGCAGGCGGCCAUGUUGACGCGCGUGGUGCCGUUCGCAUGAUCGAGCCCGUCUGCCAGUCCUUUCUCUCCGCCUACCCGGUGCUGAUGAAUGUCAUUACUGGCAAGCUUUCAGUGCGCGAUGCGUAUAACACGGUCCUGCAAAAUCGAGGUCAGCUACUAGCUGAUCAAGGCUUCCAUACAUUAUCCACAAACAGUCCCAGCGACCGGGCCUUUCUCCGCCUAUGUGCGAUGGGUAGAGUAGCGGAUAAACAUCUAGCAGAACUGUUUGAGAAAGCAUUCAUAGAUCUCCCACAACCUACACGAGCAGAGCUCAUUAAUGGAUUGAACGUCGACGGGUGCAAUGGCGAAGAUGCGGUAAUCCUUUACUACAUGCCUGCGAUCUUCGCAGAGGCAUUAAGGGUCACUCGUUCGGCACCAGAUUUAAAGAAAAUCCAAGUUCUUCAGAGCCUCAUGUCAUUCAUGGCACGAACAUACCAUGAUACAAAGCCCAUUGAUGGCCAUCCCGGCGUCAUUCUUGAACGUAAUGUGUCUGGGGCAAAGGACUAUAUACUACGAGACGGUUUCAUCGACGAUCCUACUAUUUUGAACCAAUGCGUUCCUCCAGUGGCGACAUGUUAAUACAGGCCUUCUGUACUUGAAUUUGUCCUCGGCGCUCCCUAAUGUUAAACUUCAAUGACUAUUGAUCAACCGACAUGCGAGAUUUACGAGACAUGAGGUCAUGAACUUUUGACGAUUCUUACUUUAAUUCUUUACCAUUCUGUCUAUCCGCGCGGAUUAAGUUAUUUGUCGAUUCUUACUCGGCAUUCCUAUGAUAAGACCUUUUUUGUACUUGCUUAUAAUGACGCUGCCGCGGGUACUGUGCAUCUUUUAAUGAGGGAGGCUGUUUUCUUUAUCAAUUUCAGUCUGAUGGUCUGUUUAAAAACGAUAUCAAAUGUUUGGAUGUGCGUGGCAGAUACUUUGAUCAAUAUAAAGAAAUAUCUGAUUCA